AUGUCUGUGCCUUCAGGGUUAGGCCCUAUGGCAAUUUGGCUGCGGCUGAGACCACAGUUUAGAGAAUGGCUUGGACAGCCGGGCCGGCGAGUCGCUCAAACUGCUUAA